AAAGUGAAUACAAUAUUACAAUACGAGUGAUGAAAGUGUUGACUGUUUUGAUGCAUUGAAUGCCACGUCGUUUCACAUCAACUCCUCGUUUGACACAACUUUCAAUCAGUGGUUCACUUCUUCGGCCAAAACUCUCGCACAAUUAGUCCAUUGUUUACUCAUUUGAUUGCUAUAUAUUGUCACGAUUACCGAAAUGAGUGCCACAUUUGGGCCAAUUAUGAACAACACAUAUAAGAAAUGCAUUCAUUUCUUAUUAAUGAUGACAACACUUAUGAUGUGUUUUAGGGAUGUAUUGAGUGUUGAGUUGACGUUUGAAUUGCCAGACAAUGCGAAGCAGUGUUUCCACGAAGACAUCAGACAAGGCGUCAAAUCAACCAUCGAGUUCCAGGUGGUGACCGGCGGUCACUAUGACGUGGAUAUGGUAUUGCAGGGCCCGCGCGGGGAUGUGCUCUAUCAGGGCGUGAAGAAGCAGUUCGACACAUUCACGUGGACGCCGUCGGCGACCGGCACUUACACCGCCUGCUUCUCCAACGAGUUCUCAACAUUUAGUCACAAAUUGGUUUACUUUGACUUUCAAGUGGGCGAAGAAGCGGCGCUUCCCGGCACUCAAGAGCACUUGACCGCAAUGACCAAAAUGGAACAGUCGUCGGCCAACAUUCACGAGAGUCUCAAUACUAUGAUUGACGCGCAAACACACUAUCGUCUCAAUGAAGCCAAAGGCAGGAAACGGGCUGAAGAUCUCAACAAUCGGGUCCUUUGGUGGUCUCUCAUCGAAACAGGUGUUGUACUACUCAUAGGCGUCGGACAAGUGAUGGUUUUGAAGAACUUUUUCACCGAUAAAAAGAUAUCAAUUCUGACGAAUACAUAGUUCUGUUAAUACAAAUUGUAGUCCAUUUUAAACCAUUGUUUGCAAUAUUUGCCAGUAAUUCAAAUUGAAUUUAAUUUUCACCCUCUAUUCAAAUAAAUCAAUGAAUUACUGCUCUUUUGAUAGUUUUACCCAAAAAAAUAUUUAUGUAUAGUAUUAUUGGAUUUGUUUUGCAUAUAUUAUACCGUAAUAUACAGACAAAUUAAAUCAGUUAAUCCAUUAGACAAUUUAAUGAAUGCAAUAAUAAUUAUAAUUUUAAUAAAUGAUAAAAUUAUACAUCAAAGAGCGCAUCCAAUGAUGACACUCGGCGUCGAUAUUGAUUGAUAUGUCUGAAUCUGAUUUGUAUAUAUAAUAAAUGAAUGUUUUACACAUAUAUACAGUAUAUCAAACUUAAAUUAAAUUAAUCACAAUUUAAACAAUGAAUAAAUAAUGAUUUUAUGAGUUUUGAUAACA